AUGAAUGCUUCAAGUGUUACUGCUUAUCUGCGACAACAACAUUUGAAACCAAAUCAAGUGCCAAUGUCAGAGACGGAAGCAAUCCUUCAAAAACAUCAAGAAGAAAUGAAAAACCACGCUGCUAUUAUCAUUCAACAAUUUUUUCGAAGAAUAACUCGUAGGAAACAAAUCGAUCGAAUCUUUUGCACCUGGAAAUGGAUAUCACUACCGAAACGGGUGCAAUACAUUGAAGCUAUAGCAGAACGUAUGGCAGGUGGUACCGUACCACGUAGGAUCGAUUAUUCGAUCAUCAAAAACAAGCUUGUUGAACACAAGAGAACGAUGUAUAGAAAUGUCGACAACUAUGUUCGACGUGAACAAUUGAUUAAGCAUUUUGCUAAUGAUUUAGCAUUACUCAACGGCAUAACGAAUAUUAAUGACUUGAUGAAAACUAAUUCGAACAAUUUUUCUACUCAAAAAACAAUAAUGAUUACCAAAUGA